AGAUGAAGGACACGGAGGUGCUGUGCCGGGGCCUGAGGGUGCCCGGGGGCAGGGACAGGGAGGGCCGCCCGGUGGCUAUCUACAGCCUGCCUCAGGACAGGGGCGCCGCCCAGUCUACCAUCAGAUAUCUUAUAUCUAUAUACAGCGAAGAAACGAGGAGGAGCGGUAUCCGCCUGGUGGUGGAUGGUCACCCUGGUGGACGGAGGGCUGGCCGUAUCCUCAGCGCUGUCAUCGGGGACGAGAACGUCGCCUGCCUCAUUCUGAGGCCAGAGGCCUUCUGGGACAAGAGUGUCGACCACUGCGCCAAGUCCUCUCCUGAGCCAGUGUUUAUACCCCCUUCAAGACUUCAAAAAUACAUAGAUUUGUCGCAAUUGCCUGAGGAUUUUGGUGGAACUCUUUCGCAUGAUAGGGAACAGUGGCUCCGAGAUCGUGUGAAGGCUGAUCUCUUUUUUCAUGAAAGCGGUGAGGUUCAGACUGAGUUAGAUCGAGUAACUCGUCUUCUGACUGGAGCAAAGGAGGGAAUGAACAAUGCUGCCCGGACGAUGACUCAAACUAGGGCAACAUACAACAACACAGCUCAAGCGGCCGCAGCUCUUGUUCAACAAGGUAGAGCAUUGCUUGAUGACCUCGGUAUGGGGAGAAUGACAGAAACUAUUGGGCAGGAUGUGCUUGAUACUCGACAGAGGCUAGAGAGGGAAGUAUCUGUUACGCGGGGGAAACUAACAGCACUUCAAACAGCCUGGGGAGCCUUAAACAAAUCAAUUGCUGAUUCAAAGGAGGUUGAAAAACUUGAGAUGGGAGUGAAGUCUGUUACAGAGUGGUUGCUUACAAAAGGUGAAGAGCUUCUAGCAACUCAUUGUCAUGUAGGAUUCGACAUUACCUCAGCAGAGCAGCUGCGGCGAGAGCAUGAACAAUUAGAACUUUCUUGCAGGGAAACAUAUGGACAAUAUGCAGAACUUCUGCACAAGUUAGAUUGCAGUGGCUUAGAAAUACCUAGCGAUUUGCGAGCACAAAGAGAUUUCAUGGAUUUUGUAAUUCGAGGUUUCGCUUCUAGAUUAGAGAGAAGAAGGAAUAUUCUCAUUUCUUCAGCACGUUUUUUUCGUUUAGUAGCAGAGUACUUUCAGACAACUAGUGAAAUUUAUGAAAAAUUGGUCAUGACUCCAGAUGUUGGAGUCUUGGAUAAAGCUCAAACAACACUUCUUCAACUUCAAGAUAGCCAAAAUACUAUUGAUGAACUUGAAGAAUGGGUGAUGAGGGAAGGAGAAAAGCUCUCAGAUUUACUUUCCAUGCCUGUUAAAGAUUCCUUAGGGAGAGAGGUGAUAAUAGACUACGGCCCAGAUAUCACAAAUAUAUCUGAGAUCCUCGAAAUGUCUCGUGCCCGCUCUGAACUAUUCAGGGAUAAUGUUGAACUUCAAAGAAUAACUUUACAACAAGCCUCCCAUGUAUUUACGUAUGAAAAUGAUGCUGCUCAGGCAAUCAUGUGGCUAGAUGAACUUUUUGAAGUAAUGCUUAUGUCGCAUGCUGAAGUUGGAUGUAGUGUCUAUGAAAUUCAACGUCAGAAAGAAGAACAACAAAAUUUUGAAGAAACUGCAAAGUGUACUUAUGAGUUUGGAUCCCAGUUGCUGCGAGGAGCAUUGCUCCUGCGACAGGCCUGCAAACUAGGGGAUUCAGAGAACAGGCAGCUGUCCGAGAGGCUUACUGAUUCUUGGCUUAGCCUUACAGCUGCUAGUCAGGCCCAUAUGACGAGACUAAGGGUUACAGCUGUUUUCCAUAGGGAUAUAGACAAGCAUUGUGCAGAACUUAAGGAUCUCAUUGAAUCUGCAGAAAUGGUGAAGAGUGAUGACCUCAAAGAUUUAUUAAAUAGCCGAGAAGCAGUCCUAUUAGAGGUUGCUCGCAUGAUUCGCCUUGCUCGCCUUUUAAAAAGUAGGCUGCGAGAGCCCCUCUGUCCCCAACAGAGUAUUGGUAGAGAAUAUAACAGAACUGCUGUUGAAGCAAUUUCUGAAAGGGUCGCAGAGGUGACUGCCCUUGCUGAACAGUUGGACCUGGCUCUUUGUGGUAGAAGGCAACCUUCUUCAGAUUCCUCAGAACCAUCACCUUCACAGGAGGACUGGUAUGGUAGCUUGGAAAAGAGCGCAGGAGACAGUAGCAGUUCGAAAACGUGUGAAGAGGAGGAGUUUGUCACAGCAAGUGAAUGCACUUGCACACCUCCGAGUAGAAGCAGUUCAUUCCACACUGCAUCAGAAGGAUACCUCUCACCCUGGUGGAGUGAUACAGAUCGUACCCUUACUGGCUCAGAAACAGUUGAAGUUGUGGAAACUCAGAAAGUACGUUUCUCUAAAGAAGGCUGCACUGUUGAGAGGCAGGUCGAGGGAGGAUCAGAGGCAAGCUCCACUUAUCUUGCUGGAAUAGCAAAGCGUGCUGUUGCUGGCCUUUUGUAA